GAAACCGACGUAGAUCGUCACCAGCAAACAGCUCAGAAAUAUUUGUCUGUACAGAGCCACGAGAUUAUCGUGCCAUCUUAUGCCGCGUGGUAUGAGAUGGACAGAAUCCACGACAUUGAACGACGUUUUUUACCCGAAUUCUUCAAUCACCGAAAUCGAUCAAAGUCGCCUAGUGUCUACAAGGAAUACCGCGAAUUUAUGGUCAACACCUAUCGCCUCAAUCCACUCGAGUAUCUUACUGUUACGGCAUGCAGAAGAAACAUGACAGGAGACGUGUGUGCAAUCAUUCGAGUACAUGCCUUUUUAGAACAAUGGGGCCUGAUCAACUAUCAGGUCGACCCAGGAUCAAAACCAUCUAAUGUAGGUCCACCAUUUGCUGGCCAGUUUAAAAUGAUGAUGGAUACACCCAAAGGCCUUGAACCA